GGUAAAGCGACCUUUCGCGGGAUUUGUUAAGAGGGGGUCAACAUCUUCAAUUAGUAUUUUUCUCCAUCCUUUAAGGGUCUUCGCACUUGCGGCCACAGUAUUGGUAUGAAAUAUCUCGCCUGUAAACCUUGGUGAGCGGAGAGUAUGCCGGGAGAAAAAGUACGCCGUGACGUCAGCGAGAGUCUGGGGAUGGCUCAUGCUGAGGAUAAGCGCUAUGUGGAGCUUUGUCAGGAUUCAGUACGUCUGACAGCGGAAAGUGUUGGAAUGGAAAUCACUGAUGAGGUUGCAGCACUGAUAGCUGAGGAUGUAUGCUACCGCCUUCGAGAGCUCACUCAGUUCAGUGCGCAGGCUCUGAGACACUCUCGCCGGAGAAGACUGACAGUGGAAGAUUUGAACCGUGCUCUUAACUGGAGUAAUGUUGAUGCUAUCUGUGGUCAUGGAUCACCUGAUGCAGUCUCUUUCCGUAGUAUUAGAGAUGGUGAAUGUCACUGUGCCGAGGACAGAGACAUCAACCUAGUUGAAUUAGCCCUAGCGACUAACAUCCCAAAAGGGACAGCUGAGACUUCUGUGAGAGUUCAUGUUUCAUAUUUGGAUGGGAAAGGGAACUUGGAGCCUCAGGGAACAGUUCCUGCUGCCGUCUCUGUCCUGACAGAUGACCUUUUGAAAUAUUACCAGCGUGUCACGCGAGCUGUCUUAGGAGACGAUCUGCAGCUUAUGAAGGUUGCCCUACAAGACUUACAGACAAAUGCAAAAAUUGCUGCCCUUUUACCUUACUUUGUGUAUGUUGUGAGCGGGGUAAAAUCAGUUAGUCAUGAUCUUGGACAGUUAAGUCGUCUUUUACAGUUAGUACGUUCUCUGCUGUGGAAUCCAUAUCUUUCUCUGGGUUAUUAUGGCUACAGUCUCAUGCAGAGCGUCCUAUACUGCGUAACAGAACCUCUUGCUGCAUCUAUAAACCCGCUGAAUGAUCACUGGACUCUACGAGACUACGGAGCUGGUCUGCUAAGCGUUGUGCGGACCCACAAGGACUUGGCAGGAGCCCUUUACCCGCAAAUUUUGCAAUCACUGCAGAAAGUUCUUGGAGACCCUGUCAGGCCUUUGUGCUCUCAUUAUGGCGCUGUGGUUGGACUGAAUGCUUUAGGAUGGCAGGCAGUGGAGCAAGUAUUGUAUCCUCUACUUCCAACAUACUGGUCUGGGUUGCAGACAGUGCUGGAUGACCACUCCAUGUCUAAUGCACAGGUCAAAGCAGAUGGGCACAAAGUAUAUGGAGCCAUUUUGGUUGCUGUGGAACGACUCAUCAAGAUGAAGGCAUGUUCUAGUGACCCAGACCUGCACAAUACAUCCCUACCUCCACCACACCAAUCACUUGGCUCUUCUCUUUCUGUCCCUUUACUUGAGAUGUACAGUGAGUUGUACUGUUUCUUUGGAGACAGUCUGGCUGUACGUUUUGGAACUGGAGGAACACCAUCUCACCAAAGGAAGGCUUUAAAGGGACCACAGGAGCCAAAAAAGGAUGGGCCUGUUGAGAGCACACGAAAGAUGCCCCAGUUAAUAGCCCAUGGAGAAGAUGAUGUGGGAAGUGCAGGAAGACCAUCUCAGCGACUUUCUCAAAUUUCUCUUACCUCUACCCGCCCUCGAGAGUCUUCCUGCCAGCGACAGAGAUCACAAGGAGUGAGGGAGGCAUUCCAAAGGAGCAGGCUCACUCCCUGUGGUACCCCGCAUUUUACAUUCUUGAUUGGUGGACGGCAAGCUGGAAAAGGAUGUGGAGGGCGCAGGUUUCAAAGUGUCUUUCAGCUACACACAGGGCCUGGAGUAACAGCAUCACGUUAUGCCCAAAAAUUGCCUAUGAUAGGCAGAGUGGCGAGACAAGGGUACAAGGGGACACAGGGAGAGUUGUCACUGUAUUUGCCACUAUGAUACAAUUGUUUGACAUUUUGCUGUCACUCAGAAGCUAGGAAUGAUACUGGACAUAUGUAAGGAACUUCCCCAGCAAUAAAUAGUAAAGCAUAAUCAUAUUUUCGUAUUUCCUCAUGUAGUGGCAAUUCUAAUUUUAUAGGAAUCAUUGUACUUUGUAAGGGUAACACUGAUGGUGUCCCAUGCAGAUGAUUGAAAAACUGCAGUCGGGAACCAAGAGCUGCAGAGCACUGCUUUACGAUCGAAGUGAAAAAAUGGAACGAGGAGCAGGGACAAAAUAAUUGAAUAAAAUAUUUGGCAUAUAAAGUGUUUCUAAACACAAGGCAAGUAAACAA